UUUCGCAUAGCCACAAAAACCACAACAAAAGUUGUGGUUUAGAGAAUUUAUAUACAAAAAUGUGAAUUAUACACGGUUUAUUUCUUAGUAUUUUCUCGUCAAUGAACGAUCUAGUCAUGGGGGCAGACCAGUUCCUAUUAACCUGGAACAACCACCGCUCUAAUUUUGCUGAAGUUUUUACGCAGCUUCGUGUCCAGGACCAGCUUGUGGAUGUUACUCUACUAUGUGAUGGUGGUAGCUACCCAGCUCACCGGCUUGUUCUGGCUGCAUGCUCCCCUUAUUUCCAUCAAUUAUUUACCCGAUUACCCACCCAACACCCGCUCAUAUACCUCAGGGAUGUCAAGCAGGCUGAGCUCGAGGCUCUCCUGGAGUUCAUCUAUCGUGGGGAGGUAAGUGUUGCAAACAGUGAACUAACUGGUCUCAUCAAGAUUGCUGAGAGUCUGCGCAUCAAAGGUCUUGGAGAUGUCUCACAAAGGGAUCAACAAGCCAGCACAGGAGAGAAGAGAGCAUCUCCCCCCAUCUCACCAGUUUCCCCUACACCUCAUAGCCACAAUCCUCGGCCAAAGAAAGUCCCCCGUCUAUCCACCAAUAAUGGAGAGUCUAAGGGCUUAGAUGCCAACUUUGCAUCACUGUUGUCUCCUGCUAACAGCUAUGGCCAUGCCAUAAACAAAUCAAGUAACAAGACAAAUGAGGGGUUUGCACAGUUAAUGGAUUCUGGGUGUGUAGACCUCCCUGACCAUGACCUUGAAGAAGACCACACUCCCAACCCCACAUGGGACCUCUCACUCUCAGAAUCCAAACUUCGCUCCUGCCUUGAGGGCCUGGAAUCAGUCACCGCUGCUCAAACACUUGCUCAGUCCGUUGCUCAUACUGUCGCUCAGUCCAUUGCAAUUCCCCGAACUCUCUUCCCUUCCCCCACUAAAGUAUCUUCAAGUAAAAGGGAUGCUGGAGAAACUGUCAAAGACCUUGGCCGUGGGGCAUCUCGAAGAAAGAAUCACGAACCCCAAGAAAGUCGAAGAGGUAAAGGAUUGUCAUCAAACAUUCUGCUUUCUAACAGCCAAGAGAUUGUGAAAGAUGGAAAGAUCCCAAAAGAAAAUAUAAAAUGUGAAGUGGAUGUAGACAGCAACAUUGUUGCCACAGCAGAGACAGAAAAAUGUAUGGACCCUUCUCUCCUACCCCUAUAUGACACCACCGGUGAAAUGGGAGGGGCUGUAAGUGACCUUACCAACCCUCUGCUGGCCAGCUACCGCCACAUAUUGAGUCUUGGGGCUGAGGAGCGCUCCUUCUCCCCACUCAUCCCAACCACUGUGCAGGAACAGCAGGUCCCCUCCCCCACUAACAAGGAGUCCCGGAGUCUGACCUGUCAGUUGUGUGGUGCCACCAUCAAGCAUAUAGCAAAUUUCCGGCGCCACAUGAAGCAGCACCUUAACCCAAGACGCUUUCCAUGCCCGUGGUGCUCUGCUGCUUUUGGCCGCAAAGAUAAUCUAAAAACCCACACAAGGAAACAUCACCCUAUAGAAGUUGAAAGUCAAGAAGCUGGAAUGUUGCCAUCUGGUGGAGGAAGAACUGAUAAUGGGGAGAGCUUAGAAGAUGGAAAAGGACUGCCUGGUCUGAACGGCUUGGAAAACGAAGGUGGUGACGGCAGGGAUGGGUGUGCAGAUGAAGGUGACCGAGAAGGAGACAGGGAUGAUUCCUCUGAUCAUAAUGAAGGUUUGGUCAUCGCUGAGGACACAGAGGAAGAAGAGGAAGAAGAUGAGGACUCACGUUCACAAGCUGAUGAUGGUCAGUAAAGGUUUAGCUGUUGCACUUCAUAAGAGUAUUUGUAAUAUCACUAUUGAACAGGUGCACUGCUUGCCACUAUGUAUCUGUAUUGGGGAUUGCAGAUUGGGGGUUAAUUUAUUAACAUCAUUCAACAUUUUUUUGUUGAUAAUUUAUCAAAUGUUGGAAAUUAGAGUGCUUUGAAUUCUUGCACUGAAGAAGUGGUCCACUACCACAAAGGUUAAAUAUAUUUUGAAUGUACAGUAAUGCAUUUUUAUGAAAUAAAUUUUACAGUGCCUGAAAGUAAUAGAGGCAAACCUAAAGUUUGUUUCAGACAAAGAUUUUUGUAUCUACAUAUUGACAAUAUUUGAAAUGCCUUAAUGUUCAAUAAUAGAAUAAUUGAUGUUAAGAAAUUUUGUAUACAACCAAAUUUUUAAGAAGCCUUGCCUCUUUGCUCAUAUCAGUACAGACUAUAGAUAGAUUUUGAGUGUGUUAUUACUAUACAAUGUACUUUUCAUAUGUGAAUGCAUUGAUUGUAGAUUUGGUACCUAGUCAGAAGAAACAUGAUUACCAAAUUCAUGUGUGUGAGUGCAGUGUGUGUGUGUAUUUGUGUGUUUAUAUGUGUACAAAUGUUACAAUGAAGCUGCAAUAAUAGUCUAGUCUGAAUAUUGCCACACAAACCACUUACCACAUGUUAACUCCAACAUAUAGGACUUGUUCACCUGUGUUAACAAGCCAAUGCUCAGUGUUGCUGGUAACAACAACCUUAACAGUUGGACCUUAAGGCCCUGCAACAAUUUUAUACAUUCUAAUAUUAACAUUUAUUAUAUAAGUCAUUAAGUUUUUAAAUAGAAUUGAAUUACAGUAUAGCUAAAUUGUUCAUGGUAAACUAUAUACUGUAACAUUAAUUUGGCAGCAGUAAAUUUGCAACGUAUCAGAGCUUCUCAGAGCUUGGUGCCUUCUGGUGUUCUGUGUGUCUGCACUUUGAUUGUUUACAACCAUUCACAUCGUAAUGUCUAACACAUGUGACAUAUGGCAGCUGUUGUGGUCAGUACAUUAGUAUACACUUCCCUGAUUUAAUAUUUAAAAUUGUGGAAUUUGAUAUCAGUGCUUUUAGGUCUAGAACAUAACCACCUUAAUCAGAAAAUAGGUAGCAUCAUUUGUUGUCAGCAACUUUUCUUGUGUUUAAUAAUCAUUUAGGCAUAUAAUAUAUGCCCCAUGAAUUUAGCUGCCAGAUGAAAUAAACAGUAGGUUGACUUUGUAUACAUAGAUUACUCUGGCGUUGUAUUCCUAUAUGACUUUGUGUCUUGUGUUCCAUUAUAAUCUCUGGCAGCCUGGCCCUGAAUUACUAGUUAAUCUUUGGAAUCUUGGUCGUGGCAAUUCACAGUGAAGUUACCAUUGGCCUUCCAGUAAUUUAGCAUUCUUUUAAGUUCUCUGUGGGGAACAUGAACAGAUAGUAAACAUGAAUUGAAAAAAUCAGUGAAGAAAUUAAUUUGUGAAAUACCUUUUCAGGCUGUAAGUGUAAUUCAUGCUGUCAGGCUUUCAACCUCUUUUAGUUUCUGUCUGGUUUCUUGUGCCAUAAAAGAUACAUUGUCUAAGGAAUUAUGCCAAAGUUCUGAAAUUGAUCAUGGGAACAGUUGGGAUCCAUCUGCAACUGAUAUGUUUAAUUCCUUUGACAGUCUAUUUGAAUAAGCUAGGCUUUCUAUAAAUAAUUUGCAGCCAUCCACUCAGACUUGAAGAUAUUUCAGAGCUGUUAUAUCAUUGUGCACAGAGAGUAAGAAGAGUUCAAAUUUGAUGUAAAAGUAUCAAUAUUAAUUUUUCUAUCAGUUUACAUCACAUAAUUGUUUGGAAAUGUAUCCUUUUUUAUUAUCUACACUUAUUUAUAGUGAAAGUGUAGGCUAAAUGUAAAGUUUUAAGCAAGGUAUCUUGUAUAUGUUGCUAACCAUUAAGAGUGGAAUGAUGGGAACACUGUCGAAAAAGGGACAAAACAAAUGCACAGACCAAGAGUAGCCUUUACUGAUCUCCUUGUUUUCUUAAGUGUUUUGUUUUGUUUAUCCCGAGUUCAUCAGUGUUCCUGUUUAAUAUAACUCAUUUAUAUCUUUACUUAUGCCCCUUUGUCCACUCUAUGCAGUUACUAAUUGACAUUCACAUCUUUUUAAAGUGCUGGUUGGUUAACAUCUAUUUUCGGUAAUUUUUCGUUCAUUUUCAAAUUUUCGUUAUUGUUAUUAUUUUAGAAAAUUAAUUAGUGACAUGUGCUUGCAGUGCUAAAUCCAAGCUAGCUGAGUAAGGUAGUUAUGAGGGUAUGUGCUCAUGCUUGAAGAAAUUAGUAAGUGGCAGGACCAGUUAGCUUUCUUUAUUAAAGCUACAGUUUGUAGUACAGUACUUUUAAAAGUGAGUAGUAUAGUACAGUACUUUUAACCAUUUCAGGGUUGGUGCCAUACUAGUAAUAAUUGCACGCCAGGGUUGGUGCCGUACUAGUACGCAUAAACUCUAGCGCCUUCAAAUCUAGCGAGAGAAAGCUGGUAGGCCUACAUAUGAAAGAAUGGGUCUAUGUGGUCAGUGUGCACAGUAUAAAAAAAAUCCUGCAGCACACAGUGCAUAAUAAGAAAAAAAACUCCGACCGUGUUUUUGGUUUAAAACAGCAACUUUGCAGUGUAUUUUCGUAUCCUAUUUAUGGUUGUAUUCUAGUUUUCCUGGUCUCAUUUUAUAGAAUGGAAGACAUAUUAUGGAAAUUGAAAUGAUUUUGAUUGGUUUCACAAUGAAAAGUACCUUGAAAUUGAGCUCAAAAUAGCAGAAAUGUUCAAUUUUUGCCAAAGUUCAAAGGUAAACAAAUCAUGCCACGUGUCCAAUACACGUCAUCUGGUGAGUCUAAUAUUCUUUCACAAGUGCGCUGAUAUUAUUUAUACCAUUUCUACACCAUGUCUACAUGAAUGCAGUAGUCUGCAUAACAUAAAUCUUCAAUUUUUUGUGAGAAUAAAAAGUCAAAGUGGAAAGCAAAAGAAAUGUAACAGAGGCCUGGGAACAUGAGUAGUGAACAGAGAAAAUGUUACUUUAGUGCCAGGAAUGUCUGUCUUGUUUAUUCUGGACCCUAUUUGGAAAUUGGCAUUUUUUUUAAAUUUGUGUGAAAUUGGCAAAAUUGCCAAUUUCUGACCACGUUAUUGGUUAGUUGAAAUUGGUAAAUGGGUGGUUUCUUGUACUCAUUCGAUAGAUAAAAUGGAGUUCUAGCGAAAUAGGUAUAAUUUUUGUCGACUGGUACAUUGGAAUUGGCUGAUAAUAGGGCUCAAAGUGGGUGAAAUCGCCGAUGCAUAAACGUUGUCGAGACCGCUGACUUUGCGAGAGGAUAAUUCUGUAAGUUUUCAUUCAAAUUUCAUACUUUUGAUGUCAUUAUGAUCAGGAAAAGUCUCUCUAUCAUUUCAUAAGAAAACAUAAAUUUUUUUUUUUUUUUUUUUUUUUUUUUCUGAAAAAUUUCCGACCCUGAGAACAAGUUUAGGAGAGGGUCUGCUGACUCUCAAAAGGGUUAAAAGUGAGUAGUAUAGUACAAUACUUUUAAAAGUGAGUAGUAUAGUAGAGUACUUUUAAAAAUGAAUAGUAUAGUACAAUACGUACUUUUAAGUGAGAAGUGAGGAAAAGAGAGAGAUACAGAGCAAGCUUUUAUUGUGACAAUAUUUUGCUCUGUGUAGAACUUUAUCAAGUCUUGAUAAAAGUACAUAGUGAAAAUAUUGUUAUAAUAAAAGCUUACAUUGCACUUGUAUCUUUUUAUUACUCUCAGCAGGACACCUCAUUGUCUGGGUAGAAGAAUAUUGGGAAAGUAGGAAGUAAGAAAAGAGAGGUGUAAAAGAAAAGUCAUUAGAAAUCCUUCAAGUGAAGGGGGCCUGACUUAGGGAUCAUAUGGAACCCACCAUGGAUAUAAUAACAGUGAACCAUCAGGUUAAAAUGACAUGUCAUGGGUUGGAAGACAAAUUUUUUGUUCCUUGCUGCAGUGUUUUUGUGGCUUUUAGAACCAAAUGAUAUGUUUACUACUUGCACAGUCUUGACAGUCAUAGAGUUUUUAAUUGAUAAAGGGUGGCAAGGGGGCACAAUUAUUUUUGAGGCAGGGCACUAAGGAGAGGGAGAGAGAGUAAUUGUUUAAAGCAAAAAAAUUAAAAUUUUUUAAAAUUUGUGACUACCUCAUAAAUUUGACAGGAGUCGCAUGUAGAAAUAAUUACAAAAUGUUAAGACUCAAUUGUGAUAGCUGCAAUAUAGAGGCAAAAUUUAACGUGGAAAAAGUGGUGUGCCUACUCCCUCCCUCUUCGGUGCAGUGCCCCAGAUACAAUUAUAUUGGUCCAAUUUCAUCAUUACUCUCAGCAUUGACGAGCUUGUAUGUAAAGUAAUAGAUUUUGGUGAUGCAUUGAUAUUUAAUAUGGUGUGUUGUAGAGAAAGCUGAUAGGGAUGAAAGUAGAGAGAGCUGCCAUAUUCAGUGAGGAAAUUUGCAAAGACAAAGUGACAACAUCUUGAGGAAUUACCUGAGGUGUUUACCCUGGCUGUUUUCAGAAGGACAUGUGUUAAGUUUACUAUUUUGAUUGAUUAGUUAAGACAAGUGGUAGUUGUAAAAUGAUGCAUGUGGUGGGCUGCUAUGAUUGAGUUGGCUGUGGCAGAUCAAAUGGCUGUUAAAACAGACAUUAAGAAAUUUGCUGCAAUUAAGGUUAUUAGGGUAAUGCAAAGACAUGUCUAACAGACCAAGCCUUUACCACACAGUCUUGCUCUAAGGUGAUCUUUUUCAAGUUAUGACUCAAGUAAAGCUCAUUUUUGAGCAUAACGUUGCAUAGGAGAGGCCUGCCUGUUCUGCUAGAAGUGUCUGUGUUACUCUGUUUAUCAUCAUUUUGACUUUCGACCACACCAAGGAAGGUUACUGUUUACUUUUGUGGAAUAGUUCAUCAACACAGUGAGCUGCAAGGUUAUUUGUAUUACACUAUAGUGUACCAAAUUUCAAGGUUCUCUAUGAUAUCUGUCAAAUUGUAGAGUUAUAUGUCCAUGCCUUAAGUAAUUAGACAAUAAAUCCUUGAAGGUUUUCUGCCACGUUAAUUGUGAGGCAGUAAAUUUAUGUACUUAAUAAUAUUAACUUAGGUAAUGUGUAGUCAUUGGAUGAUAUGUUGACAACUUUUUAAUAACAUUUGUACCAAGCUGGUUUGUGCCCUUUAAGGUGUUAAUGUUGAGCCAAACCAGCACUCACUGUUUCACUGUUAGUGCCUAAUGACUUUCAGUAGGUUGAUGAUGCUAGUGCACUCACAUCCCCUUAACUGUAGUGAUUCUUGGCAACUAAAAACAUACUAGCCCACAAGAAUUUGCAGGUAGCUCUGGAAGAGCCCCAUCUUCUCAAUACUUUUGUGCCUUUUUCUCUAACUUUUAAAUCUCAUUUUUGUGCUUGAAGUUUAUGAGUAUUAAAAAUCCUGUUUUCUGCUUCACUCGCUGGAAAAAUUGAUCAUUGAUAUAUUCACUGACAUAUGUGAGAAGGAGCUUUUCAGAAAGAAACGUAUUAGACUGAACAAAAAGUUAAGCAGUGUUUGAAAGAGUGUAGAUUAUAAAAGUGUUGAUCAGUAUUAAAUAUGAGAUCUUUUACCAAGAUCUUUUGCCUUAAACUAGUAAUUAAAUCACUUUAACUCCAUGGGAUAAAUAAACUUUCUUUUUUAGUAAGUCACUUGAAGGAAGCAUAUGCAAAGCGUCUGUCUUUCUCAAAAUAGUCAAAAUAUAAAUUUAUAUGGAUGGAGAGGCAGUGGCUCUGUAAAAUGGAAUUUAAUGAAAAUUUGCCAAUUUCUAGUUCAAACAUGGAAUGCAGGUGUAUCAUUUCUUAUGCUAAUAGAAAUACGAUAGUAUGUGUAGAGGGUUGAUGUGUUCAGAACAAAACAUAGGAUUGCCUGUUGUGACAAAGUAAACUUUGACUUUGAUGCGAGUGAUAGAGGAAGACACUGUGUUGAUAGCAAUACCAAGAAGCAACACCACAUAGUAAGUCAUCUUAAAGGACUUUAUUUGAUAAAGCCUGGUAGGAAAAAUAUUAUAUUAAAUAUAUUCUGCUCUCUAUGUGGCAUUUACAUUUCAUCACUCUUAAUAAAUAUGACAAAUUAUCAGAGCAAUCAUUGUGGUAUUGAUGGGUAGCAUGAUAUUUUUAAGGGCUGAGUGCAUUCACACCAUCAACAUUAGCACAUUCAACAUUCACUCACAUGUUUGUUAUGUUAGAAUUUAACUUCAUAUUUGAUGUAAUGAGUGAAAAAUUCUGUCAUGAGUAACUAUGCAGGAAUCAAAUUUGCUACUAAUACUGGAGAAUGACAUUUGUUAAUCAUUUGCUAGUCAAGAUAUAAGUUUUGUUACUAAUAGCAGAGACUUGUGUUUGAUCAUGGAAAACUAGUCAAGAUGUAAGUCUAUUACUAAUAUCAGAUAGUAAUUUUUAUAUUAGCAAGGAAAUUUCUUACUAACACUAGAGAAUUAUAUUUAUUUGUUCCAUGUUCUUAGGGAGAGUUCAGUACUAAUGCCAGAGAACUGUACUUGUUCCUAGGAAGAUACAAGCAAGACCGCACUCACGGAAGGAAGUGCAUUAACAUCACUUGUUGCUUGUGCAUCACAUGUACUCAACUAAGUGAUUAUGUCUCAAGCAAUUUUUCAUGCCAUUUAAAAAAUGUAUGUGCAGGGAACUUUGUGAUGAGUGACUAGUCAUGAAAUAUGUUUGUUACUAAUUCCAGAGAAUGACAUUUAUUCCUAGAGAGAUGUAGCUGUGUGAUUUAACUAACAACAGGUUUGUAAUCUAGUCUUGCGUAAGAAGUACUAACACAACUAACCCUCGGUCAUGUCUCUAAUAUUGGACAACUUGUGGCCCCACUCCUAACAACUUCAAAAAAAGGUAGUUGACACUUUAGCUAUCUGUCUAUACUGUAUUGUGAUGCCUUGUUUCCUCUGGAAUCAUCCCUUAAUCUUAGACUCGCUUUUUAUAUAAAUGGCAUACAGUAUAUGUAUGCCAUUUAUAUAUCUAUAUAGAUAUAUAUAUAUACAGUAGCCAAAAUUUGAGAAUUUAUGUAUAAUUUAUCGGUAUUUAUGGAUUUUAAGUAAGUUUAUUUACUCUCAAGGGGGCUAUAAUAAUGCAUUCAGAUAAUCAUCAUCGAUGAAUGUAAUUUUUUUUUUAAAUUUUGGAAUGUGUGGUCCUCAUCUCUGUAGUAAUGUGGAUAGCUCAGAUUUCUUUCAUGAUGCACGCUACAAAGGAUACUAAUUGGUGGCUACUAAGUGUGUGAUGUAGAAGUUAUUAUGGGAAUUACUUUGGCAAGUAUCUGGUAAUAUAAAUUUAGAAAGCUUUAAGAUUCCAUACGAAGUGUCUUCUUUGUGAACUGUUUGUGUACAUUUCUGAAUAUUAUUCAUUAGGAAGAACAUUUGCUAUUUUUUUUAAUAAAGCAAAACAAACAAACAUGUCAUUAGAAGAGCAGAGGGUCAGAGAAGACAUGAUCAUGGCAUACAUAGUGAACAAGGAAAGAUUAACAUGAGGGGACAAGAACAAGGAAGCUGGACAACCAGAUUAGCCACAAGGUUAUCAAGAUAUACCGUGCUUCAGUGUAGGGAUGUAAGAACAUGGAAUGAACUAAGUAAAUAGAUAGUGGAGGUAAAUUCCAUGUAUGCCUACAAAAUCAGGUUUGGUAAGAGCCCCCAAAAAAGUUAGGAACUGAUUCUGCUAGCUCAUGAAGGUUGAGAUCAUAUUAGUGAAAUACGUAGUAAGAAACUAGCAUUCAGAUAUAUAGAUGAAGAUUAAAAAUUUUUACAGUGUACUAUGGGUGAAAAUUGAAAUAUGCAGAGGGAGGGUUUUUGUCACCACACAAAAUUAACAUGUUAACCACAAGAAUGUACACAAAAUGUAAAGAUGAUUACUUAGCAAUAACAGUUAGGGGAACAAGAGACUGCAGACAAAAGUAGUGCCAAAACUUUGCUUGAAGAGUGAUAGAAAGAUUGAUAGAACACCAGAAUGGGAUGGAAGAAGCAGUAGAGAAGGCUAUAACUACUGAAAAUUAAAGUGGGUUAUUAAUGGAUUAAAUGCUGAAGAUGAUAAACCAGAAGUAUGUCUGCUUUUUUUAGCUACAAAUAGUUGAACCAAAAUAGGCAAUUACAUUCAUGUAGCUCAGUAGUCAGAGCAUUUGGAGCACAACCAAAAGUUCCUGAUUCAGUACCAGCGCAGGCCAAGACUUUAGGCAAGUCAUUUUAUACAUGCUGUCUGUGCUCACUUAGCAUUAAAUAGAUAUCUGGGUGGUAGCUGACUCUUAAGUGGGUUGCAUCUUGCAGGAAAAGUUCAAAUUCAGCAGCAAAUAUUAUGUUAAUAAUAAAGAAACAGACACCAUGACCAUUGCUCUGCUAUUGUAAGUACAAAUAGAUAAUCACAAAUCAGUAAUCACAGUGAUAGUUUUUUAACUGAACUUAAGGGAAUGAAAUUUUUCUGGUUAAGGAAAGUUCUUGUAUAAUUAGUUCAAUUGCUUAUGUACUUGUGGUGAUUUAGAUUCUAAACAUCAGGAAAGACCAGGAAUUAAAAUAUUAGUACCAGUGCCAAGAUUUAAAAAACCCACAUUUCCUGACUUAUUUCUAUUAAAAAAUAUAAAUUCACCACACAUUCAUCAAAUGACCGUAUGCCAAAAUGUAAGAACCCCUUUGAAAAUAUGCAAAUAAAUCAUUACCAGCUACAAAAACAAAAAAUGAAAACAAAUACACCUACCAUCUGACUUAUGACCAAGCUCGGUUCCGACCAACCGGUCGUAAGUCAAAAUGGACGUAAGUCGAACUUUACUACUGAAUAUCAAAAUCACAUUUUUGUAAUUACUUUAUUUUGUUUUAUUUUGGUAUUUCAUGUUUUACUUUACUUUUUAUGCUGUUAGUACUGUAUUUUAUACUGUAAGGUUUAGGAUAAACACUGUGUACAACGCAAAUAGUUGUUUAUUUCCCAGAAAUUUGGCAUAAAAAACACGGCCGUAAGUUGAGUGGUUGUAUGUCGAGCAGGUCGUAAGUCGGAUGGUAGGUGUAUUCUCUUCACUACCUUGACUCAUCAACAUGUGUCACAUUGUAAUCUUGAGUUUAGUUGAAAAAUUUUUGUUCCAGGGUCUUCAUACAUCUAAAAAAUACAUGAAGACAGAAAUUUGAGAAACAACAGAUUCAUCCAUUGUCAUUUGUUUGUGACCUUCAUUGAGGUUAUUAUGUUGUAAAUAAGAUCUCUUACUCUCCUGAACUGCAGAUAGCAGCCUUCCAGUUGAUAAUAACAAAGUCAUAUUUGUGAGGACAUUGACUUUCACAUACAGUUUGUAUUUUAAACAGUACUCCCAGGUUUAAUGUCAUUAUCAUCCACACCUGUAGAACCCAUCACCCAUCUUUGUUUAGUAUACCUGGAGAGAGUUACAUUACACAUUCACAGAUCUGCUUGUUAUAUAUUUCUAAUUGUGGCUUAGCACUUCUUUUUGAUUAUAAUAAUAAUAUAUAUUUCUAAAACCUUAUUCAGUUCCUAAGAGACAAGCAUUUGCUAAGGAUACAGUAGGCAUUACCUUCUUGGGAUUACAACAGUGAGACUGAAACAAAAAAUUUAACUGGGAACCUUAGUGAGUUUGUUGCCCAGUGCCUUAGGAAUUUAAGUACACAUUUUCCCCACAGUAGCCAUUUCCUAUAAAGGCAGGAUAACACAAAGGAAGCAUUCACUAUCACUCAUUCUCUGUCUUUCCAGAAAUACUGGAUCACAAUUCAAAUGAUCCAAUGACCCAUAACAUCCCCUCCCAUACUUCAGUGUAGCACUGUACUUCCCAGCUUCAAAACUGCUACAUCCUACCCUUCCUUCAAAGUAAAGGCACUUUAUUACCCAUAUCAAUAACUUAUGCAUAUACACACAUUAUAGUACGUAUAAUUUAGUAUACAGUAUGUAAGGAAAAUAUAUACUGUAUCAUCGUAACUGAAGCAUACUUGAAGUGUACAAUUUUGAAGAGUGUCAUCAUAUAGUGUAGCGAGGCAAGAGAAGCAUCACUGUGGUAUUGGUCAGUUGUAUCCAUGUUCAUUAUUAAUGACUGGUGUUGGAUUCCAUAUGUCUGUGUGUUUGUAACACCUAUAAAACUAUACUUCAUGUCUCUUGACUGUCCACAUUAUUGUUAUUUGGAGCUGCUGCUGCUGCAGCACUGAUGGUAAUUGCACUUAAUAUCUGUGAUUUGCUGUGGGAUAUUUAUAUUAGUGUAAAAGUGGCCAUAUAUGAGAUAAUGAAAGCUUGACCUUUUUGAAAUAAUUUUUGAUCAGAAUAUCAGGGUGUUCACCUUGACUGAUAAAUAGCAAGAAAUGCAGUUUGAUGUAGACAUAGCAUUUGUAAACUUGGAAGAGACAGAAAUGUGUUUCAACUCCAGGAUAUGCAAGCAUUUUGAGGAUGCAACCUGUUAUCCUUUUGAUCUAGAUAUAAUAGGUGUUUGUCUUGUGUUUUCUUGAUUCUUCUAAUACCUGCAGCUCGUGACGUGCCUUACUUACAUUAAUAGGUCCUUAGCUGAGUAGGAGCUGUUGGGUUUACAAAUGUGACCUGCAAUUUUCAGCCUUAGAUGGGAUACCCAUAAAGAUCCUUUUCCAUUGUACUGUAUAUUGAUAGUGUAAAGGCACAAGUGGUCUUUUGGCUGUAUAUUAUAGUUUUUGAGUCAGAGUGCGGUAUUUUCCCCAAAGGCUUCCUGACUAUUAUGAUAAUCACUUUUUUUAUUAAAAGAUUUACUGGCAUUCUUCAUUACCAUAUUUAGUGGUCGAAACAAAAUACGUAAUGAUUAUAAUAACUAGUGUGUAAUGGGAGAAAAAGAGAAUUGCAAAUUAUUAUUGGGCUACUCAAAUAUAAUUAUUUUCUUAAUUUUGAGCUUUCUCAAAAGACCCUUAGUGUGUACUCUUUCUUCUUUUUUUCUUGUGAAAUAAAAGUAUGGCAUAUGCUGCCUCUAAGCAAGAACAGCUAAAAUACUAUUUUGCAUAUGUAGCAGGAAGAAUUUGCCAUGCUUUGAAAAACGACUAAUGAAAAUGUUGGUGUGCAUCCUGAAAUUGUUAUAUGUAAGUCAUUAAAAUGGAGCAGAGAUAUGUGUUUCUUCUUGUUACCAGGGGAGGUUUAUGGUCUUACUUUUUUUAACCUUUGUAAGUUGUAGGAGUCAAAUUACAUUUAUCAAUCAUUCUUUGUUUUUCCCAGUACAUAGCUACCUGAUUGCCCCAGAAAUGCCCUACUGCAGAUUUUAGCUGUUUCAUAAUUACAUUUAUUUUCCAGUUGCAUGACAGCUACAUAUAUGGUAUGUAAUUUUAAGUCAUUCACAUGUCUUGCUCACUGAAGUCCUUGAUUAUUUGAUUUAUUUUCAUAAUACAUCACUGAACCUGUGAAUAAUAAAAGCAAAAAAUCUGCAGAAUGUUUGUACGGUGUUGUUAAACUGACAUCAAACAGAUACAUAUCAUGUCUGUUGUUUAUUUUUUUAUUCAAUAUUUCCUCUUGCUUUAGAAAAAUAAUAAUAUAUACAGUAUACAGUACAUAAAAUAUAUACAGGAUAUAAAAAAAAUCUGAAUGUAAUCAUAAAGAAUGGAUGGGCAAGAGUUAAGUAUCAGUCAAAGUCGUAAUUUGUCCUUACAACACAGUUGCCUGUGCCUGUCUUAGGAUGCUGCAGGUGCAAUCUAAUAUUCUGACUCCAUAUCAAACUGGACAACUGGAUAUUUUGCUCAGUGUUUCAAUUAGUCUGACAUAUUGUUUACUUAUUUGGGAUUGUUGGGGUACAUGCGUACAUGUGCACACAUGUACUGUACUGUAGUAGAGUUGUGAUUUUAGUUCGUAUUUAACUUGAUUGUAGGGUACAAAUGAGGUGUUGUAGACAUUAAAGGUUAGCUCAGUGUGUGAACUAUGGUAAAUAUUGCCUUAAAAUUAUUUAUGCCUGUAAAAAUAAAAUGAAAGAAUAAAAAAAAUCUUAAUUUUAUAGUUUAUAAUUUUUUACUUCACAUCAAAAAUUUAAGGCUUAUUUUUUUACCAUAGUUAAGAUGUUUAGUCUGCUAUUAAUUUCCCCAAUACCUCAAAUAUUUUGGAUUAUCGUGUCUCGGCUUACUUAUAUUUUGUUAAGCGCUUGCCGGAGUCAUACCAGGUGGAGUUACACAGUGGAGACACGGUAUGUAUAAAUGAUACAUUUUUUCUUUAAGUGAUUCCCCUUUUUUUCCAAGUUGCACCUAAUCAGUUAUUUAAGAAAAAUUAUAUAAUAUAUAUACAUAUAUAUAUAUUUUAUAUAUUUACACAUUUAUUUACUAUUAAUGAGAUUCGAUAAUUCAAUAAGGCAUCUUGGAAAAAUAACAAGAUCUCUUGAUUAAAAUAGUACAUGUAUAUUGAAGGAUUGCCAAGCUUGAUAAAAAAUAUUAAUGCUUGUGUUGCUUAGCACCAAAUUAAUCAGAAUGCUGAUCAUCCAGGACAGUAGUGGUAUGUAUAUAAAGUCUUAAUUCUUUUGUUGUCUUGUUAGCAAAAAAUGUUAUUGUAUCACUUACAGGAGCUCUUUACAUUUCAGAACAUGAUCUCAUGGGUAACAUUUUGCUUAGUUGUGCUCUGGAUAAUCAAGUUUCUGGUUAACUGAAUAUUUGGUAGUGAAAAGUAUGGUUAACAGGGUCCUGUAUGUAGAUAUUUUGGUGUGUGCAAGUCACCAAGAAUUGAUGUUAGGCCAAGCAGCUCUGUUGUAUACAAUGCCACAGUGGUUAUGGUCUUAACAGUGCUGCUGUGGUGGACUUCUGGCUGAGUUUUUCAUAAAUUUGACAGUAUAUGUAAUUGCAAUCCUUUGAUAAACAAAUUCCCUUGCAAGAAAUUUUCAAAUGACACCACCUUGCACGUAACAGGCAGAGAGACCUUACCAAAGAGUCAAACAUGGCUUACAUCAACUGUUCGUGCUACAUUUCUUCCGCCUUCUCCAACGACACUGACUCCAUAGUGCCGUUUGUGUUACCCACUUUAUAUUCAGAGGCUGUUUAAUGUAUUUCACUAGUCAGGAUGUAUUUAAUGUAUCUUUUAUAUUAUAAUAAAAGUGUGAUGUGUG